AUGCCGGGCAAUGUCUGGCACACGCGCGCCGGCUCUGCUCCCUCUUCCUCCCCUGACACUCGCCUCCACCGCACCCGCCUCCGCCUCCGAGGAGUCAGGCAGUUCCAGAUGGCCGCUGGCGCCAAGCCUCCGCAUCUGCAGGAACAGUCGGAGAUGGAAGAUGCUGAUAAUUCUGGAAAGAGUGUACACGAAGAAAAUGGAGAAGUAUCAGAAGACCAAUCUCAAAAUAAGCACAGUCGUCACAAGAAAAAGAAGCAUAAACACAGAAGUAAACAUAAGAAGCAUAGACAUUCCUUAGAAGAAGACAAGGAUAAAAAACGUAAACAUAAGAAACGCAAAAGAAAAGAGGUUGUAGAUGCUUCUGACAAAGAAGGUUUGUCUCCGGCAAAAAGAACUAAACUUGAUUUAGCGUUGCUGGAAGACUUGGAAAAACAGAGAGCCUUGAUUAAAGCUGAACUUGAUAAUGAGUUCAUGGAAGGAAACGUCCGGUCAGGGAUGGGGCUCAUAUUACAAGGUUAUGAAUCUGGCUCUGAAGAAGAGGGGGAAGUUCAUGAAAAGGCAAGAAAUGGAAAUAGGUCUAGUACUAGAUCUUCCACUACCAAGGGGAAACUUGAACUUAUGGACAAUAAAAAUAGUACAAAAAGGCGAAGUAAAAGCAGAUCCAAAGAACGGACUAGACAUAGGUCUGAUAAAAAGAAAAGUAAGGGAAUUGUUAAAGAGAAGACAACUAGGAGCAAAUCAAAGGAGAGGAAAAAGUCUAAAAGUCCAUCCAAAAGAAGUAAGUCUCAAGAUCAAGCAAGAAAGUCAAAAUCUCCUACCCUUAGAAGGCGAUCUCAAGAGAAAAUUGGGAAGGCCAGAUGUCCUACUGAUGACAAGGUUAAGAUUCAAGAUAAAAGUAAGUCAAAAGAUAGAAAAAAGUCCCCAGUUAUAAAUGAAAGAAGUCGUGAUCGAGGCAAAAAAUCCAGAUCGCCAGUUGACUUAAGAGGUAAAUCCAAAGACAGAAGGUCACGGUCCAAAGAGAGAAAGUCAAAACGGUCUGAAACUGAUAAAGAAAAGAAGCCAAUUAAAUCUCCCUCUAAAGAUGCUUCUACUGGGAAAGAAAAUAGAUCACCCAGUAGAAGACCUGGUCGUAGUCCUAAAAGAAGAAGUUUCUCUCCAAAACAACGGGAUAAAUCCAGAAGAAGUAGAUCUCCACUUUUAAAUGAUAGAAGGUCUAAGCAGAGCAAGUCACCUUCUCGAAAUCCGUCUCCCAGUAGAAGAGCUGAGAGCCGAUCCUUGGAAAGAAAACGAAGAGAACCAGAAAGGAGACGACUUUCUUCCCCAAGGGCACGACCUCGUGACGAUAUCCUCAGUAGACGCGAGAAAUCAAAAGAUGCCAGCCCGAUAAGUAAGUGGUCUCCAACCCGAAGAAGAGCAAGUAGGUCUCCCAUUAGAAGGAGGUCUCGCUCCCCACUCAGGUGGAGCAGGUCUCCUAGAGGAAGAAGCAGGUUCCCCCGGAGAAGGGACAGAGGUCGGAGAAGCAGAUCACGUUUGAGAAGGCAGUCUCGAUCACCUUCAGAAGGUGGUCGUAGAAGUAGAAGCAGAAGCAAAGUAAAGGAGGAUAAAUUUAAAGGAAGUCUUUCUGAAGGAAUGAAAGUUGAGCGAGAAUCUUCAUCUGAAGAUAACCUCGAAGACUUUGAUGUAGAAGAAGAUGAAGAGGCCCUAAUAGAGCAGAGAAGAAUACAAAGGCAAGCAAUUGUUCAGAAAUAUAAAUAUCUUGCUGACGAUAGCAGUAGGUCUGUGCCAUCUGAACCCAGCAGCCCCCAGAGUAGUACUCGUACACGGUCACCUUCUCCAGAUGACAUUUUGGAAAGGGUAGCUGCUGAUGUUAAAGAGUAUGAACGGGAAAAUGUUGACACAUUUGAGGCCUCGGUAAAAGCCAAGCAUAAUCUAAUGACAGUUGAACCAAAUAAUGGGUCAGCUCAGAAAAAGCUGUUGGCACUUGAUAUGUUUACAGAAUCUGAUGAUAUGUUUGCUGCAUAUUUUGAUAGUGCUCGUCUUCAGGCUGCUGGCAUUGGAAAAGACUUUAAAGAGAAUCCUAACCUCAGGGAUAACUGGACUGAUGCAGAAGGCUAUUAUCGUGUGAACAUAGGUGAAGUGUUAGAUGAACGCUAUAAUGUGUAUGGCUACACUGGUCAAGGUGUAUUCAGUAAUGUCAUACGAGCCAGAGAUAUUGCAAGAGCCAACCAAGAAGUGGCUGUAAAGAUCAUCAGAAACAAUGAACUCAUGCAGAAAACUGGUUUAAAAGAACUCGAAUUCUUGAAAAAACUUAAUGAUGCUGAUCCUGAUGACAAAUUUCAUUGUUUGCGGCUCUUCAGACACUUUUAUCACAAACAGCAUCUCUGUCUCGUAUUUGAGCCGCUCAGCAUGAAUUUACGAGAGGUGUUAAAAAAAUAUGGUAAGGAUGUUGGUCUUCAUAUUACAGCUGUAAGGUCCUAUAGUCAGCAGUUGUUCUUGGCAUUGAAACUCCUUAAAAGAUGCAAUAUCCUACAUGCUGAUAUCAAGCCAGACAAUAUCCUGGUUAAUGAAUCAAAAACUAUUUUAAAGCUCUGUGAUUUUGGGUCGGCUUCACAUGUUGCGGAUAAUGACAUAACUCCUUAUCUUGUCAGUCGAUUUUAUCGUGCUCCUGAAAUCAUUAUAGGUAAAAGCUAUGACUAUGGCAUAGAUAUGUGGUCUGUAGGUUGUACCUUAUAUGAACUCUAUACUGGAAACAUUUUAUUUCCUGGCAAAACCAACAACCAUAUGUUGAAGCUCGCCAUGGAUCUCAAAGGAAAGAUGCCAAAUAAGAUGAUUCGGAAAGGUGUAUUCAAAGACCAACAUUUUGAUCAAAACCUCAAUUUCAUGUACAUAGAAGUUGAUAAAGUAACAGAGAAGGAGAAAGUUACUGUCAUGAGCACCAUUAAUCCAACUAAGGACCUGUUGGCUGACUUGAUUGGAUGCCAGCGACUUCCUGAAGACCAACGUAAAAAAGUACACCAGCUAAAGGACUUGUUGGACCAGAUCCUAAUGUUGGACCAAGCUAAACGGAUUAGCAUCAACCAGGCCCUACAGCAUGUCUUUAUCCAGGAAAAAAUUUAAAUGAGAUGAAGAAGCUCCAAUGGUUUGAGUAAUUAAAUACAAAGACUGAAGAAAUUUCACAGCAGUUUAUUAAUGCAUAAACCUUCCACUCUUGAACAAAGCAGCUGCUUUUUAAAAGCGGUAAUUGCUUCUUUACCUUUA